UAAUACAUUCUUGUGCCCUUCCUGUAAUCAUGUACCACAGCUACUACGCAUGCAUGUCCACCAAAUAUAAAGAGAGCCUGACCAGCCACUCAGCCGUCAGAGAAAUCUAAAUCCCUUGUGAUAAAAGACUUUCAUUUGGCAUUUAGAGAGUGGAAAAGGAUGAAGUGUAUUGUGGCAUUUCUUGUGCUGUCGAUGGUCACCCUCAUGGCUGAACCUGGAGAGUGCAUUUGGGACGCAGUUUUCCAUGGAGCCAAACAUUUUCUUCAUCGGCUCGUCAAUGGACCUGAUGGCAAGGAUGCUGUCAAGGAUGUCCAACAAAAGCAAGAGCAGCAAAAAGAUCAGGAGCUGGAUAAGCGUGCAAUCAGUUACCACCGUCGUCGACUUAAUUUUGACUAAAUUCAAGCUACCACCAAA